CGGUCAUAGCCGGACCGUCGAUUCGCUGACCUGUCCUACACCCGGUUUUUUCACCAUGCCGACUCCAAAAGGCCCCGAUGCGUCCAUUUCAGUGGGCUCAGAGGUGCGAUUGAUUAGCAGCCUCUCGAAGGCAAUGCGGCUUUGCUUGGGCCAGGGAGGUUGGGUUCCGCAAAUGGAAGCCACUCUCGGAAAGGUGGGUGUUGUAGUGGAAGUGCUUCCAUCGGGAAACCUACGAAUUCAGUGCGGUGGCUCGUUGCGGCCUUACAUCUACCCACCAGCUCUAAUCGCUGAGCACCUGAAUGCACAGACAGGGCCGCCGCUCUUUGUGCUUGAUCUCCAUCCACACAGUUUGGUUCGACUGGACACUUCGGGCCAAUGUGCAGUCUGCCGGCGCUCGUUCGAAGGAAACAAGGUUGAGGAGACGGCUGAUGACCAGGAGGAUGAUGCCAAUGCCUUGGCAGCGUUUUUGACCGGGCCAAAAGGCGAAAAGAUUGGUGGCUGGGGUUGCAAAGCGUGCGAGUUCUACCUCUGUGGUGUUUGCAGCCAGCCAUACCAGGUAUCGACCCCACAAAAGCGGAGUGAAGAUGGUGAAGCACAAGCAGUUGCUGAAGCAUCCCUGCGCUUGGGAGCCAUGUGCAAGUUGCAACAUGGGACCAAAUGGUUGAACGCCGUGGUCUUGGAGACCCUUGGCGAUUCCAAAGUUCGUGUUCACGUUCCAAUGGAGGAGGUCCCUGACCAAGAGUUGGAGGUCACCUCCAGCAAGCUCAAGCCCACUAGAAUCGAGGCCUUCGAGCUUUUCAGACAUCCUUGCUAUCCGGAAGGCUUGCACAGGGUUUGCUUUCCCUACGGCCUGCGUGGCACCUUGUUUGGGGAGCCAGUGCGGUGCUCGUCAGAUGAGUGCAUGCCCGGUGGGUGCAGAGGUUGGCAAUCAAAGGAAUCACGGCAGAUUGCAUACUUCUGCCCGCGGACUGCGUUCCUCCUUUGCGAAAAGUGUACAGAGGCGCCUGAGCUGGGACAGGUAACAGCACAAACUUGUCAACAAGAUCUUCAGAUGUUGAAAGAUCCGGAUCCUGGCCGUUCCGCGGUUGCAGCCAAAAGAAUAUUGGGAUUAUGCGGCAAGUCACAACAGGCCAGAAUCCUCUUCCUGGAAGCAGGCAUUUGUGAUGUGGUUGCAGAAGCUGCUGGGGACUUCGAGGGACUCUACUCUGAGGACCAGGCGCAGCGUCCAGCCUUGCUGCCGCUCCUCACCCGCCUCGCAGAGUGGCUGUACCUUGCGCCCAAGAAGGGCAAGUCUUCACGAGUCUUGGUGAACGUGCAGGAAAGCUCAGAUGCUUUCUCCAGUGUCUAUGAGCUUUUCACUGGACGACGACAGAGAGAUCCAGAAGAAGAAGACGAAGAACAAGAUGACUGGCAGGAGGCUGUGAUUGUAGAAGGUGAACAAGAGGCGAAUUCUGUCCAGGUGCAGAUGCUUCUUGGCGGCCAACGCAUCACUGUCCUUCAGGACCGCAUCACUACCUUGACACUUCCUGAAGCACUGCCAGCAUGUGUUCCCUUGCCGAAGAGGGCCAAUCUGCCUUCUCCCAUAGUGCUGACACAGGACUGGCUCAUGAAACACGCGUUGCCGCGCAACGACCUCUUUUUGGCUAAGCGGGUACUUAUGGACAGGGCAGAUUUGACUGCCGCUGAUAGACAUGGCAACAGCGUCCUUGCUGUGGCCGUGGAACAUCAGUGUUCUCAAGAGAUGGUGGAGCUUCUGCUCGAAAGGGGUUGUCCUCGCUCCUCGAAGGGACCUUUGGGACCUCCCUUGGCGAUUGCCGCGCGAUGCGGAAGAUUGGAGGUGGUCCGGGUGCUCUUGGACUACGGCUGCGACCCUGCGGACAUUGAAGUUCCAAAGCAUAAGCUUCCAGAUGCAGCGAAGAGUUUGCUGGGCUACUUGGUCCCUCGAGAAGAAGCGGUGCUGCAGAAACCGUUGCCCCUGCGAAAGCUGCGCCGGUCCCUGGCGGUGCAGACCUUGUUGCCACUCGCAAGCAAAAUGCUACCUUCGUUGCAGAGCCAGCGUAAUCUGGAUGCUCAGCUCGUGCAGGUGCUUGUACUCGGCUGUGAACAUGCUGCUCCGCUGCCCUGCGAAUCGUUGGAGAGCUUGGUGCAGCUGUGCCGCAGCUUGCUGAUGUCUUUUGACUCCGCAUCAAUGGACCUGGGCUUGCGGUUAGCUAGCUGCCUAUGCGAGGCUGGUGGGAAAGCAGUGGAGAAGCUUCAUAGACACGGGGUGUUCAAAAUGCUGCCGCACUUAGCUGCAACUCCAGAGCUGCUGCACCAACCGCCUAGACCACAACACAUUCGGCUGGCAGCGGCCAAGAUUCUCUCAAAGUGGUCCGAUGCCAUUUCUCAAGAGCCAACGGAGCCAAGCCACGUUUUGGCCAAUGCAGAAGAGGAGCUGCGUUUGUGCACACCGAAUGAGCUGAUUCGUUUGGAGGUGCCACAAAAGCUCCUGCGUGAAAGGACAUUCCAGAAUGGCAUGCCCAAAGACGUCGCAGCGAUGCUCCUUCAGGUGGUGGAGGAAGAGGAAAAGUUCUCCGUUCACGUCUACCGUGAGAGACAAGAUGUGAGUCUCCGUGUCCUCACCGAGCCCUUUUGCCUUUUGUGCCACUCUCAAUCAGUCGGCCAAGAGCCAGAAAUAGGGCGAACAGAUUUGAUGUGCGGAGGGCAAUAUGUGGUGCAAGCUGAACCCUUGAUGGCUAUGGGCAGCCUGGCUCGCUUGCUGCUGGUGGCUGGUGGUUUCCUUGGAGCAGAGGACUACUUGCGGUUUUGCUUGCGACUAGUUGGCCACAAGCUCUUCCAGGCGGACUUGGAGUACUCAGUCGAAGGAGUAGUGGUUUUGCCGCAGAUUGGAAUACCAGUGCAUCUUUUGCGCCCUUCUGCCAAGCCUUCCACAGGUGAAAGUGGCACUAUGCCUCAUGUGCUCGCCCUGGGUGAUUGGCAUUUUCAGGCAAACCCAGGAGCGUCCGACUCUUCCAUAGAGCGAAAUGAGGAUGUCCAGCAAGCUUUGGUGAAUGAUUACAAAUUGGCACACUUAGAGCUACCAGUGGCAGAGGUGCUUCCGGCACCUUUGGAGCCGGACGAAGAGGAGCUCUACAUGAAACUCCUCCAAUGUGAAGCCAAGGCUGAAGUCCGCCAGAACUUGGUCAAACUAUGUGAGCAAUGCUGUGUGGCUGUGGUAUCAGCAGAGGACAACGAGAUCGUGGAUGCCAUUGCUCAGUCCGUAGAUGGACUUCUGAUCCAAGAUGCUGCUGUGCCAUUGCUGAAGCAUUUCGGAUGGAGCCAGAGAGACAUGGAGGAGCAAGAAGAUGCCUCCUUCACUUUGUGGGACCCACCAGAUACUGCACCUGUCCUCAACAGCUUCUUCCACUUGACGAUUCAGCCGCCACCGCCAAAUCCACCCGGACCGGGUGAUCCUGUUUGGUCGGUCAUCAUCUCCUUCGAUGCAGAGUUGCCCUUUGAGCUCGUGUGGCAAUCUGUAGAGUUGGAUGUGAAGAACGCCUUCACAAGUGUCUCCAACAAAUGGUCAGAGAUUGGUUGGCCUGGCGGUGAGCAAGAGAUGCUGGAAGCUGUCCACAAGGCUGUUGCAGCCAACGGAGAAGCUGCUGUAGCCAGAGGGCUAGCACAUAGUUCAGCCACGCGGAUUGCAGAUCGACUAAUGUCCGCUGUGCAAUGCAGAGUGGUUGCAGAGCCAGAGAUGGCGUCACAAGCACAAGGAGCCACCCAGCGAAGCAAGGGGGGAAGCGGCAUCCGCGACCUGGUUGAGAUCAAGAUGAACGAGGCUUGGAUGCCAGCUGUGCUGGUCCGGGAAGAGCCGCCACUGUACGUCUCGCUGACCACCGGAGCCUUGGCCACUGGGAAGCAUAGGACAAUGGCAGGUUUCGAAGGGCCACGGCUGUAUCCUGUCCCGCCAGUUGAAGCGCAAGUGCAGACACGUGCCGAUUUGCAGUCUUUGGAGCGUGGAGCUGAGUCUUCGCGGAUUACUCGGAGAUUCAGUGUUGACUGUCCAAAUGACUCGCCCACCCUGGCCGCUUCACCUUCACCGCCAAACGUGCCACGUGGGCUGGAACCCCCCCCGGGGUUGGAGCUGCCCAAGCCAACCCUGGCAUACAGCCUGGGUGGCAGCAGUUCCAGCACAUCGUCACCAACAGUCAGUCUUUUGCGAGGAAAAGACGCGCGAGUGGAUGGGUGCUCCUGGGUCUCCAGCUCUUGGACGACGGUGGGACUUCCAGAGCUUAGCAGUAGCAGCAAGGUCUACUACGAACUGCAUAUACAAUCCCAUGACACACCGCAAAUAGGCUGGGCUUCAGAGAAGUUCCGCUUCUUUGGCGACACCUGGCUCUACGGCGUUGGGGACGACUUGGAGAGCUGGGGCGUGGAUGGUGCGAGGCAAAAGAUUUGGCAUGGUGGAGAGGCUGGGACAUUUCCAUCGUCCUGGUCAAAGGAGGUCGUGGUGGGUUGUGCUGCAGACCUUCCUUCGGGGACUCUGCAAUUCAGCACCAACGGGGUUUGGGCUCCUCCAACCUUCACCGGAGUUCAAUGCGCAUCUCUCUAUCCUGCCGUCUCUGGGCAAAUGAGUGCAUCCUUCAAGAUCCGGCCAGAGGAAUGGCAGUAUGGGCCACCAGAUAGCUCCUACAAAUCGCCUGCAGCUUGUGCACAAUGCCCUCAACCUUUGUCAUCGCCUAUACGCUUCCCCGAUGACUGGGUUCUGGCAAAAGGUUUGCAGCAUUUGGCAGAGCGACAGAAGGUCGAUCUGCUGACAACGCUCCAAUUGCAAUGCACCGCUGUAUUGCCGAGCGCUGAUGAUUUGCAGGCCGACCGCCUGAAGCUCAAUAAGACAGUCGUGGUCGAUGCAUCGGAUGAGCUCUUCGGCUUUGUCCUUGAUGCGGACGGCCAACCGCGAGCCAGCGAGGAGUGGGUGGCGGAGACGCUAGACACCCUGGGGCUCACUGUCAGCACAGCAGCUGGAGCAGCUUUGCGAUUGCUUUGGCAAGCUGAAGCUGAUGUUCAGUCAACCCGACUGUCAGCAAAGCUCCAGGACCUUUGUUCCCAUCAGGUCACUUUGGUCAGCGACUCGAUGCCCUCCUGGGUGCUACGGCUGGGUACAAUGAUGCCUCAGCUUUUUGAUAGACACUGUCGCGAAGUGCUCCUACGGUCUUCGGCCUUUGGAUUGCCUUUCGCAGUUCAUGACCGUCAGAUACGCGAGGUGAAUCGGCGCUACAGUGAGGUCAUGAAGGCCGCGGAAGGCCGUGUGGCUCAAGCAAAGAAUCUUGGAGACCAGAGAGCACUGUCUCAGGCAUACGAGCAUUUGUUCGAGCUUACAAAGCAGAUUUCGCAAGACCCAGAGGUAUGGAUUGGCUCGUUGACCUCAGAGUUGGCGAAAGUGGACAGGGAACGUAUUUGGGACCAAGCUGCAGCACUAGCGGAAUGCUGCCUGUCGUCUUCCGGCGUGGUUGAGAUCCAGUUCAAGGAUGAGACCGGAUUCGGACGUGGCGUCACACAAGGUUUCUUCAGCGAUGUUGCCAAAGAGCUACAGCGAUCUUCAAACAACAGUGAAGUGCCGAUGUGGGCGCAGUGCCUGGAAUCAGAGGGCGAGUUCUUGCGUAGUCGUCGCGGUCUCAUCGUGCAGCCCUUGGCCGCAGAUGACCCAAGACUUCCCGAAGUCUUGGCGCGCUUUCGCGCCCUCGGUCGGCUUUUAGCCUUGGCGCUACGUGAAUCCUUUGUAGUGCCACUUCCUUUGGGAGCAACAGUGCUUCGUCAACUUCGAGGCGAAAAGGUAGGUUCUGAGCACCUGCCGCAGCCGGGUGAUGGAUUGGCUGGGGAGUUUGUGGGCGCUUGUGCUGCAUUUGCAGCUGACCUCAAAGGUUUGAGCCAAGAAGAGAGGCAAAAACUUGCAGAAGAUGGAGGUUGGAGCGGCCGUUAUUUGGCCUCAGAGACCAUGGGAAGCUUCAACGACUGGACCUGCAAUGCCGAGUUCGUGGCCACGGGCUUUAGUGGCCCCUCCCUGGGAACCUCUUCCUCGUCAUCCGAACCUAUCCGUUCAGUCACUCUGGAGAGCCUGGAAGAGUUUGUGGAAGCUGCAGCAUCCUUUUGGCUGGAGACGGGUGUUCGAGAACAGGUUCGAUCCUUGCGCCGUGGUUUGCAUGAUGUCUUGGGCUCUCGGGCUGGAGCUUUAUGGCUCUUUUCACCCCUGGAGCUGAGAGAACUCUUUUGUGGUGAAGAGUCUGUGUCAUGGACCAGUCAGGACCUGUACGACCAUUUGCAUGCUGCCGGUGGUUUUUCUCGAGACGAUGAUGUUAUGGUGUGGCUCAGAGAUGAGCUCCUUGAGAUGUCCCAGGGGCUGAGAGCGCGCUUCUUGGACUUUGCAACGUCAUGCCCCAGACUACCACCAGGAGGUCUUGCUAGCCUGAAAUUGACGGCCUCUCCUGGAGGAGGACGGUUUCCCAGAUCCCGAGCUUGUGCGAACCAGCUCUACUUGCCAAAGUAUGACACACGAGAGGAGCUCCACGAGAAAUUGACAGAAGCCUUGUUGGCGUGUGAAGGGCAUCAUGACACGGAUCAUUGAGCUGCUCACACGGGGCGUUUAAGAGGAAGCUUGCUUACACGAUCUUCAAAAAACUGCAAACAUGUUUAAACUUAUCCGGAAGGUGCCACAUCCAAAGGUUCACAAGAUCUUUUAAUUUAUUCUCAUGAACCUUCUGCAUGAUUCAUGCUGGUCAAGGCAUUGAAUAUUUGCCAUGGCCAGAUCCGCAUUUUCCAAAAGGCGGGACGCUCGACGGUGUGGGUAUGUGAUGCCGCCAAGUUCC